AUGGAGGGAGCAGAGUCGCCCCCGGUGGACAUUGACCCGGACUUCGAGCCCCAGGCCAGGCCCCGGUCCUGCACAUGGCCCCUUCCCAGGCCCGAACUGUCCCGUGGUACAGCCUGCGGGGACCCCACCGCGGAGGAGGGGCGAGCCGAAGGAGCCGAGGCCCCGCCCCUGCUAGUGAGAGCCCCGGGGGCCCCGGAGUGACCCCCAGGAAGGGAGGAUCCAGGAGGAACGCCUGGGGGAACCAAUCCUACGCCGAGCUCAUCAGCCAGGCCAUCGAGAGCUCCCCGGAGAAGAGGCUGACCCUGGCCCAGAUCUACGACUGGAUUGGUGCGCACCAUUCCUACUUCAAGGACAAGGGCGACUCCAACAGCUCCGCCGGGUGGAAGAACUCGAUCCGCCACAACCUGUCCCUACACAGCAAGUUCAUAAAGGUGCACAACGAGGCGACCGGGAAGAGCUCCUGGUGGAUGCUGAACCCGGAGGGCGGAAAGAGCGGGAAAGCGCCGCGUCGCAGAGCCGCCUCCAUGGACAACAGCAGCAAACUUGCAAAAGCCCGUAAUAAAGUAUCGAAGAAGAAGGCCCAGGGUCCCGGAGAACCUCCCGCCGGAAGUCCCAGCUCCCAGUCCUCCAAAUGGCCCGGCAGUCCCUCGAACAGCACGGACGAUCCCGACGUAUGGACCAGCUUCCGGUCUCGCACGGGUUCCAACGCCAGUAAUCUCAGCCUUCGGCUGUCCCCCAUCCUGACCGAACAGGACGACGCGGCGGAGGACGACCUCCACUCCUCGCUGAGCUUUUCCGAUAGCGUCCCACCAACCGUCUCUGAGGAGCUGGAACUUAUCGAUGGGCUGACCAUGCUGUCGUCGGGGGCUCCCUUACCAACCGCGCCACAGUCUAUGUUACCGACACCUCCCAGCUUCUCCAUGCGCCCUCCCCAGCCUCUCUCCUUUGGUAAUUCUCUGUUCAGUCCGGUUGACGUCUCUCCGGUGCCGAGUUCCGGCCAUUUCCCGCGACCUCAGACUCUGGAAGCCCUUCUGACCUCGGACUCCCCUCCACCCAGCAAUGUGCUGAUGAGUCAGGUGGACCCGGUGCUGGCUCAGAGCGGCGGGCAGAAUUUACUUCUCCUGGGCGGUCAGAACAAACUCAGAAGCCCCGAGCACCCAGGGGUCCCUCUGAACGCUCCGACACCACCAAAUAAUCUCCCGUUGUUGGGGCUUCCUCUGGCGCCCUCUGUGCCGCUCCCCAGGCCACACUCAUUUCCCGCCGUCUCGGAACGUCUUCCCAUCGAUCUGGACAUUGACAUGUUCCUCGAGAACCUGGAAUGUGACGUGGACUACAUCAUCAACAACGAGCUGAUGGACGAAGGCGGCCUGGACUUCAACUUCGAUCCCUACACCCCGGUACCAACCAGAGCAACAACCAGAGCUGGCUGCCCAGUUAAAGCCAGGUAUGUCCCUGUCCCCGUGUUCACACUGACAACGCAUAAAGUUGUGUGA